AUGCAGAACCACAGCUUUGUGACCGAAUUUGUACUCCUGGGGCUUUCUCAGAAUCCAAAUAUUCAGAAAAUAGUGUUUGUUUUAUUUUUGUUUGUCUACACUGCAACUAUUGGCAGCAACAUGCUGAUUGUGGUGACCAUCAUCUGCAGCCCUGCCCUGCUGGGCUCGCCCAUGUACUUCUUCUUGGCUUUCCUGUCCUUCCUGGAUGCCUGCUUCUCUUCUGUCAUCACACCAAAGAUGAUUGUUGACUCCCUCCAUGAGAGGAAAACCAUCUCCUUUGAAGGCUGCAUGAUGCAGCUCUUUGCUGAACACUUCCUUGCAGGGGUGGAGGUGAUUGUCCUCACUGCUAUGGCCUAUGACCGCUACGUGGCCAUUUGCAAGCCUUUACACUACUCUUCCAUCAUGAGCAGGAGGCUCUGUCAUGUUCUGAUGGGCAUAGCCUGGACAGGUGGCUUCUUACAUUCUGUCAUCCAAAUUCUCUUCACUUUCCAGCUCCCGUUUUGUGGCCCCAAUGUCAUUGACCACUUCAUGUGUGACUUGUACCCAUUACUGAAGCUGGCCUGCACUGACACACACAUCUUUGGCCUUUUAGUGGUUGCCAACAGUGGGUCCUUCUGCAUUGUCAUAUUCUCCUUGUUGCUUGUCUCCUAUGGUGUCAUCUUGUUCUCCCUGAGGAAGCACAGUUCUGAAGGGCAGAGGAAGGCUCUGUCCACCUGCGGAUCCCACAUUGCUGUUGUGGUUUUGUUCUUCAUCCCGUGCAUUUUUAUAUAUGCAAGACCUCCAGCUGCCUUCUCCUUUGACAAAAUGGUGGCCAUUUUUUACACCAUGCUAACUCCAUUGCUCAACCCACUGAUUUAUACUUUUAGGAAUAAGGAUGUGAAAAAUGCUAUAAGGAAAGUUUGGAACAGAUGA